GGUGACCCAAAGUAAAUGUGGUGGGGUCGUGCCCACAAUCAGGAAUGAUGGGGAGACCCCUUACUCCGCAGGCCAGACUGGCGCAGGCAACACGAACGAGAAGUCAAGCCAAAGCCAGCGCCAGCCAAGAGCCUCCAAGGAGGGAGCUGGAGCCAGGAAAAAGAAAGGAGGUUGUAGAAGUGGAGGAUGACGACAAUGAGGAGGAAGAGGACGAGAGGCUGCGCAGGAAGGAGGAUCAAAGAGCGGAGCAGCGGGCAAGGAAAAAGGGAGUCAGGGGAGAGGUCGAGCCGGUCGUGCGCGACGGACCGCCCAAAAGGAAGAAGUAUGCGGUUCGGUUGGAGGAGGGGUUUGAUGUAGAGCGGGUGAUCGACAGACUGCUAGAAGGGCACAAUGACCUCAUGACACUGAAGGAAAUCCUAGCGUCGGCCCCGCGACUCCGCGAUGAACUGAAGGGGAGAUUGUCGCGGCGCCUGGUGCCCAAUGUCCAUCUGGGUACGAUCCUGCCCAAAGAGGCAGAGUGGGCAGAGUCACGUACGAAGAUGGACUGGAAGUGUGUAGCCUGCGGCACGGUGGAUCUCGUGAUAAAGAGCUCCAAGUGUGCGGCAAUGGUGGACACCGGGGCCGAAAUGAACAUCAUUCGGGAGGCGGACGCAAUCAAAUUCGGGCUGGAUAUAGACCACUCUGACUGCGGUAUUCUACAUGGAGCCAGCUCUAAGGCUGUGUUUUGCGGGACAGCCUCGAAUGUGCUCAUCGAGGUUGGAAAGGUGAAGGUCAGGGCAUGCUUCUUCAUAAUGUCAGACGUGGAUCAUGGAAUCCUCCUCGGGAGAUCGUUCCUAAGUAGGACAGAGACCGUGAUGUUCAACAAGCAUGACGGGACUCUAAUCCUUCUCCUAUGUGACCCUGCCUGCAUAAAUUAUGAAAUAAUUACCUGCAGAAGCAUAAGGAACCGGCCCAAUCUAGGAUCGUUCACAAUCAAAGAAUCGGAGGGCGAGCGCCGAAGGCUUCGGGCAGAGCCAGAAGGAGAAGAGGAGCUGAAAGCGUUUUCCCUUAGCCUAUCGGACGUCGGAAAGGCCAUGGACUUGGUGGCCGCACAUAAGAUGGCGGAUCCAGAUGCCAUCCAAGCCUUGAGGGAGCAAGUUCUGGAAUGCCCCGAGCCAGGAAGGUUGGAGCUGGUAUAUCGGCUUCCGGGCGGCGGGAAGAGUCCCGCAUCAGCACAGGCGCAAUAUUGGAUGAUGGAGUUAGCGCUGGCCAGCUCGCAUAGCCUGGUGGAGGACAUGAGGACGAUUGAGGAAGGACCUGGCCAAGUAGAACGGCAUGAGAACCUGAUGGGAGGAAUGUAUCUUCUCGUCAACACGCUAUUGCAGGAAAGCCUCGGCCGGUCAGGCUCGUUGAACCCGGCAGGGAAUGUGGACGAAGUGUCCGAGAGCCAGGACGACGAGUUCGAGGAAGGGGAGAUUAAAGAGGUCUUUCCUGCAGAGGAGUAUCAUGGGAUCUACCUAGAGUUAGGACUUCUGUUGUCCUGCGAAAUGCGGCUAAGGGAUGCAAGCGAUAGGGCUCAGAGGAUGCUGCAGCGCUACUUAGUGUCUGACUUUACGAAGACAGCCAUGCCAAGAGGAGGGAAGGGGACACGGCCGCCUCAGAGGCCGUUGGGCGCAUCAGGAGGAUAUGAGCGGCAUGGGCCUCGCCAUCGAGAGAGCACUCCAGAGUACGACGGUGGCGACAUCGAGCUAUUCCUAGAUAGCUUCUGGGAGCAUGCGCGGCGUAUGGGUUGGACUGUGACCCAGGGGAUUGAGAGGCUGAGGGGAGUCGGCAGAUUCGAGGAGCCCGUUGCACAGAUCCGUAGAGAGGCGACAACGAGGUCAAAGGUGGAGUUGAGGAUGCAGGAGCUGCGACCCUCGCCUGUGCGACCUGAUGGCAGGCCGAUCCGCCUGGAGAUUGGAAAUGCGUCAGACUUCAUCCCCGCGUUUGAGUGGUUCAUGCAGGGGCAGGGUAUACCGAGAGACGAUUGGAUGCAAACAUUACCACUCUGGACCAGGAAGGCGGAAAGACCACUGGCUAGGCAGGGUGAGGAGCAUGGAGAGCAGGCGGAGGAGGUACCACGAGAGGAGGUGCCACAAGAGGGGGUACCACGAGAGGAGGUACCACGAGAGGAGGUGUCACAGGAGGAGGUGCCACGAGAGGAGGUACCACGAGAGGAGGUGUCACGGGAGGAGGUCCAGGAUACUCAGCGAGAGAGAGGGCUGGGCGAUGAGGGGAGACGUGCAGGGAAGGAAGUGAUAGAAGUUGGAGAGGACACGCCCCCACAGACGCCAACGGUGGGUUUGAGACUCAGGGAUGCACCAGGGAGCACUCGCCAGGCAAGGGAGAGGUUGCAGAGAGAGGAGGCCCCAUUGCCUUCAUCAGAAAAGGCCCCUUCGCCAGAAGAGAGAGCAGAAAGGAGGAGAGAGAGGGCAGCUGUAAGGAGAGAAGCCUUGACCCUGAUUGGCAGACACCUAGCAGCUCAUGCCCUGGAGCACCCAGACCUGGAAGAGCCAGCACCUGCAGAGCCGCGCCAGGAGUCGUGCCAACCCGAGAAGGAGAUGGAAGCAGAGAUCCCGAAGAGGGUCGACCUCCGCAGGAGGGAAAUAGCGCCAGCUGGAGAGACGGCAGAGGAAAAGAGGGCGAGAAGAACCAGGAGGAUAGACGAGAUAUGGCAAGAGAGGCAGAGGUUGGAGGCACCGGGGGAGCUUCCGGAGCAGCAGCAGGAGAGGCAGAGAUCGGAGGCAGCAGGAGCACUCCCAGUAGAGCCUCGCCAGGAGCCACCUAUAGGGAGGGUUAUCCUGAAGCUAGAGGAGGCGAGAGCCCAGAGACAGGCGGAGAGAGAGGCAUUCGAGUUCAGAGCCCCUACCGAGCUCGCAACGCUGCCAGUGGCGGCGGCGGGCCCAGUUGUACCUUUGGCAGUAGAGGAGGGGCGGCCACCAUCUAGCAGUGAGCCGGGUCAAGGCUCAGCAGAGGGAUCCAUGGGUGUGCUCCUUGAGGUAGUGCAUACUAUGCAGGAGGAGGUAAGUUUGUUUUCACCCGAGCAGCGGAUAGAGGAGCCUCUUGAGAGAGAGAUGGGGAUUGAGGCGGAGGGUGCCAUCGAGGGCGGGCUCCAGAGGUUGGGCACGCCUGAGUAUGGACCAGAGGAGAUUGAGGAGCAGCCCAUGGCAGUGCCACGAGAGACACUCGAGAGGAGACUUCAGAGGUUGGACACGCCUGAGUACGUCCCAGCGACAGGGGAUUUGAGGAGCAGACUGGGAUCCUGGGCUACUGGAUCUGUGUCUGGGGGACAGAUUCCUAGGAUGGAGCAGCAUGAGGUUGUUAGUACCACAACCCCUCGAUCAGAGCGGCAAGGGUUGGUCAGUACCUUGGUAGGAUCUCCUUCAUCGCCACCUCCUCAGCCUAGGAAGAAGAAGUCCAGGAGGAAGGUUGAUCAGCUAUGCUUCUACUGCAAGAGGGGCAUGCAUCUGGCUCUGGACUGUCUCGAGUUCCUUGAGGAUAAGGCAGAAGGGAAGGACUCAGAGGCAGGGGGUAUGAUGUAUGAUAGACAGGGUAGGAUAGUAGAGAAGUCCGCAGAUGGACUUAGGGCUCAUUUAUAUAGACAAAACCAGGAGGAGUUGAGGAGGUAGGGUCGGUUUGUCUAUGUAAGUGGGCGAAUAUUUUGUGAGGCAUCAACUUAGGUUCUGUGUGAUACCCUCUUAGACUUAGAUGACCUUUUGAUGAUUGCUACUAAUCUAGAUCUGAACUCUAGUGUUCCUACUGAGUUGGGGUCUUGAGGAUCAGGGUGAUUUAGAUGAGGCAUGUACAUAUUUAGUUGGCCUACGCCCUGGCCUUUGAGAGACAGAUCCUGCACUCAUUGCGACUUUCUCAAACAUUGCAAACAAAAGUGGCUCUUUUCG